AUGGAACAGACUUUCUAUAUAAUAUAUUAUUCUCUGUCAAGCCCCUUCGGUCUUUAUAUCAUGUAUCAUUCAGAUCUCUGGUUCUUCAAAACAAAACCAAUGUAUGAAACAUAUCCAGACUUAAAUAAUCCAUACUGGUUCAAAAUAUUUUAUCUUGGUCAAGCAGCAUUCUGGGCUCAACAAGCAUGUGUCCUUGCGCUACAAUUGGAAAAACCAAGAAAGGAUCACAAAGAAAUGAUCUACCAUCAUAUUGUGACACUUUUGUUAGUAUGGUCGUCAUAUGUCUUCCAUUUCACAAAGAUGGGACUACCCAUUUAUAUUACCAUGGAUGUGUCAGAUUUAUUGUUUGCCUUAUCAAAAGAUCUUAAUUAUAUAGAUUCUCCAUUGACACCAUAUGCAUUCACAAUAUUUGUUUGCUCCUGGGUUUAUCUUCGUCACUAUGUUAACAUAAAGAUUCUUUGGUCUGUUCUCACUGAAUUCAGAAUCGUGGGUGAUUACACCUUAAAUUUUGCUACACAACAGUACAAAUGCUGGAUAUCGCUACCUAUUGUUUUCACCUUGAUUGGUGCAUUACAGUUGGUACAAUUGUAUUGGUUUUUCUUAAUUUUGAAAGUACUUUACAGAAUACUCACAAUGAAUAACUAUGUUGACAUUAGAAGUGAUGUAGAAAAGGAUUCAAAUAGUGAUUCAGAAUCCAGCUCCGAAAUCAGUUUUGAAGACAAUGAAAUGAAUGACGAGAAAAAAUGA